AUGGAUUCUAAAAUCUCUUUAAAGUCUGAAGUUGAUUACUUAGAAGGCCUUGCAAACUAUCUUUCUCUUCAAAUUGUUGAGCAUGGUGGAGAGCUGGAUUUUGAUGUUACAAAACCUCUUUCUUCUGAUCUUCUUCGCCAGGCCAUUGAUAACAUUAAUAAAUUUGUUAAAAAGCCAGAAGAGGAUGAAGAGCAUCCACCAACAAAAGCAAUUAUCGAGUAA